GGGAGGAGAGAGAACGAAAAUAAGAGGAGGGGACAGGGAGGCAGAGAAAGAGGAAGGUAGAAUCAAGAUAAAAAGGAAAGAGCACCAUUCAGAUGGUAAUAUAUACUGGAUUUUAAAAUAUAUUAAACUAUAGCAAAUCCGCAUUUAUUCAGUAGCUGAAGCUUCUGAUAGUGGACGUAUUUUUAUUGUUUAUAUUUUAAUAAUGCGGGAGUCGUGCUAUUUUUGGUGGCAGUUACCACGAUAAUGGGAAUAAAAAUGACCAGCGAUUAGUAAUUAUUCCACAAACAAAACUCUGUUAAAAAUUACCGUGACGAACGGAUUGGAAACGAAAAACAGGUUGGAGGGCAGCGAACUAUGCACUUAUGAUGAUUUCUGCAAAGAAAACUCCUGAAAAGAGCCGUUAUCCUCUUCACUACCUGGUCUGGCACAACAAACACCGGCAGUUGGAGAAGGAGCUGUCAGCCAGCGAGCAGGUGGAGGUAGAGGCGCCGGACCCCAGGGGACGCACCCCUCUGCACCUGGCUGUCACCCUUGGACACCUGGAAUGCACGCAAGUGCUGCUGCAGCAUGGCGCCGAUGUCAGCAAGGAAAACAGCAAAGGCUGGACAGUGCUCCAGGAAGCGAUAUGCACCAGGGAUCCGGAGCUGGUCCGCCUCGUCCUACGUUACCGUGACCACCAGCGAGCUGUGAAGCGAUUGGCUGGCAUCCCUCUACUGCUGGACCGGCUGCGCCAGGCUCAGGAUUUCUAUGUGGAGAUGAAAUGGGAGUUCACCAGCUGGGUGCCCCUGGUCUCAAGGAUCUGCCCCAGUGACACCUACCGUGUGUGGAAGAGCGGCCAAUGCCUGCGUGUGGACACCACACUCAUGGGCUUUGAUCACAUGACCUGGCAGAGAGGAAACCGCAGCUUCAUUUUCCGGGGUCAAGACUCCAGUGCUGUGGUGAUGGAGGUGGACCACGACAGGCAGCUGGUCUUCUGUGAGACACUCCGCAUGUCCUCUGUGCCGUCGCCCCAGUCCUCGCCGCCCACCGGGUCCCAGCAUGGCAGUAACGACCUUGGCCUCCAGGGGGUGCCAGAGCCAACCGAGGAACAGGUGGCAGCUCGGCUCUCCGCGCCCGUCGUCACGACACAGCUGGACACCAGGAACGUGUCUUUUGAGAGGAAUAAGACGGGGAUACUGGGCUGGCGCAGUGAGAAAACUGAAAUUGUGAACGGCUAUGAAACCAAGGUGUACGGGGCCUCCAAUGUGGAGCUGAUUACCCGAACCAGGACAGACCAUCUUGCAGAGCCUCACAAAGCCAAACCCAAGAGCACCAAGACUCCCCUCCAGUCGUUCCUGGGCAUCGCUGAGCAGCACGUAGGCUCCAACAAUGGGACCCUGGUGACUCAGAUGUCCAGCCACCCCAGCAACCCCACAGUCCUCACAGCGGAGGAGUACUUUAACCCGGGACUGGCCCGUGGUUCCCGUGACAUCAGCCCCCCCUGCCAGCUCACCACAAAGACGCAGAGGUUCAAAGCCAAGCUGUGGUUGUGUGAGUCCCACCCACUGUCCCUGGCAGAGCAGGUCGCUCCAAUCAUCGACCUCAUGGCUAUCUCCAACGCCCUUUUCGCUAAGCUGAGGGAAUUCAUCAUGCUUCGCCUCCCGCCUGGCUUCCCCAUCAAGAUCGAGAUUCCCAUCUAUCAUAUCCUGAACGCACGCAUCACUUUCGGCAACCUUAAUGGCUGUGAAGAGGGCGGGGGUCCCGGUGGUGUGGAGGGGGAGGGCAGCGGUCAGCGGGACAGGACGGACACCCCCUCGCCCAGCAGUGACUCUUCCAGCGUCUCCAGCUCUAGCUCCACGGCUUCCUGCCGUGCAGGCGAGAUCCCGCCAUGCGUGUUUGAGGCCCCGCGGGGCUACAGCAUGCUGGGCAGCAACCAGCGUGAUGAAGAGGAGGAAGAGGAUGACCUCUUGCAGUUCGCCAUCCAGCAGAGCCUGCUAGAGGCUGGGUCUGAGUACGACCAGGUGACCAUCUGGGAGGCUCUGACCAACAGCAAGCCUGGGACGCACCCCCUGUCAUGUGACCCAAGCCGCAGCGAAAGUCUGCCGUGCGUUGGCCACCUUCCUCGACACCCAAGCUCAGAAUGUCACCGUGUGCCUCUUUCACCCAGGACCCCACAGCACAAGCCCCGCCCCAUGGCCAGCCCCCACAGCACACUGACCAAUAAGCCGCCCUGCAGCUACGAUGAGCAACUGCGGCUGGCCAUGGAACUCUCGGCCCGCGAGCAGGAGGAGGCGGAGCACCGGCGGCGGCAGGAAGAGGAGGAGCUUCAGCGGAUCAUCCAGCUGUCGCUCAUGGAGAAGUGAGGUGUGAUGAAGCAGGACCGAGACGGGAUGGGAAGAGGAGGAGGAGGUGACAGAGUGACAGAAGAGGUUCUUCCAAUAAUUGUAGAAGCCAUUGGCUGAAUGCCUGACUCUUUUGCCCCAACUGCCUUCCCAUCCCCACCAG